CGCUGCCCGCCCCACCCCCUGUUUCGGUUGCCCCCAGGCCCGGCUCCUGCGAGCGCCGGGGCCCGCGUGCCCUCAGCGGGCUGUGCUGCGCGCGAGCCGCUCGGGGCUGGGCAUGCUGGGAGCCGCUCUGGAAACCGCCACUGCCGCCGCCGCCGCCGCCACCACCCGCCGCCACCCGCGGUGCGAGUCCCUGAGGCGCGGAGAUGAAAUUCCCGGCCUCAGUGUUAGCGUCCGUGUUCCUGUUCGUGGCCGAGACAAUGGCCGCGCUCUACCUGAGCAGCACCUACCGCUCUGCCGGGGACCGCAUGUGGCAGGCGCUGACGCUGUUCUUCUCCUUGAUGCCCUGCACCCUGGUGCAGCUCACGCUCCUCUUCGUCCACCGCGACCUCAGCCGCGAUCGCCCACUGGUGUUGCUUAUGCACCUGCUCCAGCUGGGGCCCCUGUACAGGUGUUGUGAAGUCUUUUGUAUCUACUGUCAGUCUGACCAGAAUGAAGAACCUUAUGUGAGCAUCACUAAGAAACGACAGAUGCCAAAAGAUGGCCUUUCAGAAGAGGUCGAGAAAGAGGUUGGCCAGUCAGAAGGCAAGCUGUUUACCCACCGUUCUGCAUUCAGUCGGGCAUCAGUGAUACAGGCUUUCCUAGGUUCUGCCCCGCAACUGACCCUACAACUGUAUAUAACUGUCUUGGAACAGAACAUUACUACUGGAAGAUGCGUCAUCAUGGUCUUGUCCCUGCUGUCUAUCGUCUACGGUGCCUUACGUUGCAACAUCUUAGCCAUCAAAAUCAAGUAUGAUGAGUACGAGGUCAAAGUCAAACCCCUGGCCUAUGUCUGUAUCUUCCUCUGGAGAAGCUUUGAGAUUGCCACUCGGGUCAUCGUCCUGGUCCUCUUUACCUCUGUCCUGAAGAUCUGGGUGGUGGUGGUCAUACUUGUCAACUUCUUCAGCUUCUUCUUGUACCCGUGGAUCCUUUUCUGGAACAGUGGCUCCCCAUUCCCUGAGAACAUAGAGAAGGCCCUAACUAGGGUAGGUACCACCAUCGUGCUCGGUUUCCUCACUUUACUCUACGCCGGUAUCAACAUGUUCUGCUGGUCAGCCGUACAGCUGAAAAUCGACAAUCCAGAACUCAUCAGCAAGUCCCAGAAUUGGUACCGGCUGCUGAUUUACUACAUGAUGAGAUUCGUCGAGAAUUCUGUCCUCCUGCUCCUGUGGUAUUUUUUUAAAACUGACAUAUACAUGUAUGUGUGUGCACCGCUGUUGAUUUUGCAGCUGCUCAUUGGGUACUGCACCAGCAUUCUUUUCAUGCUUGUGUUCUAUCAGUUUUUCCACCCUUGCAAAAAGCUCUUUUCUUCUAGUGUUUCUGAAAGCUUUAGCGCAUGUCUCAGGUGUGUCUGUUGGUCCUCCGCGAGGAGAAAAUCCACUGAGCCAGUAGGAAGGAUAGACACAGACUUAAAGGCAUGCACAGAUCAAGGUGCACAGCCUUCUACCAGUAAACUAACUCCCGAGGCCACUGAGAUUUGGACCGCUGUGGACCUGUGCUCCACUUAAUGGAACCUGAGGAUUCUUACAAGGAAUGAAACUUCAUACACGUCACUAGCCCUGCACAGGCACUAAGGCAGGGAGUUAGCUCUUAGCUCUUAGUUCUCUGUGAGCUGCUCCCUUUUAUGAAGCUCUUGGAUUUGAAGCAGCUUUGGGAACACUAGGGAAGCCUACUACCCCACAGUUUGUUUCACACUUGACUCUGUUAUGUCCUCACUGGCCUCGCUGGCCAUUUCAUUGAUUGACACAGUUUCCCUGACGUUUCAAGUUGAGCUGGUCCUAUUCAUCAGGUAGAAUGAGGAGAAAUGCUUGUUUUCUAGCUUUCUAGCCUGUUGUCUCAGUAGCCUGAUGCUUUACUACUACUGAAUAUAGCUUUACAUAGAAGUCCCCAUGAUGCGUGGACUAGGUUACUAGGGAUUUUACAACUCUGUUCCAAUUACAAGUUACAGGAGAGCUAUUUAAGUUUGUUUUAUCAGUAUGUUCAUUUUCACCCCAUUAAGACUUUUAUACACAACCAACUGUAGCCACUCUGGCAUGCAAUGUGCAUUUUGCUUCAAACCCUAGAUUUGGGGACUUUAUUUCCUAGGAUCCAUUGAUCCAGUUACUUAGGAAAGCCAUGUUUCAUUCCACGUGCUGAAGAAAGUAGUGAUGAGGAUGGAUUGUUAGAACAUCAAAAUGACAGAAGCUUAUACAAAUAUCCAAAUGUUUAAAGAUAGGAAUUGGUUAGAAGGUAGGCUCAAUUCACCUCAUAACUCAGUCUUGUCCUAUAAUUCUGCAAAAUUUCUAGUAGAAUUUUCUAAAAUUAAUAUUUUAAGAAAGAAAAAAAUAAAACUAAUAGUCUUCAUACCUAUCUCCCCCUUCCUCACUUGUCAGGAAAGUUUUAAACAAGGCUUACCUCAGUUCAUUUGCUGUUGUUUCUAGAAAGCCCUAUUGAAAUCUUCUCCCUGAUGCAAGUGUAUAGGACAGUUUACUUUUCAUGAUUUUAAGAAAAAGAAGUGUUUUCCUCACUACCACCCUUAGUUAGAAAUGUUGACCUUAGAAACUUUCUAAAUUAUAGAAAGUAAUGAAAUGAUCAGAAGUUUUUGUUCCUCAUAAAAUCCAUUUUGACUUGAUUUGAGUUCAUUUUACUGAGAUCUUAGUUUUGUCCUCCACACCAUUUCAUCUAAUGAAUAAUUUUUCUCUGAUCUAUUUAUUUUAAUUUAAAAUGGUUGGAUAGAAUAUUGUCAAUAGUCUGACGAAAGUGCCAGCAACCAGUGCUACGAUUUCUACCACUAAAUGUAGAUAGAUGGUAAAAUGUCUAGAAAGAAGUGACCAUAAAAUCCGCACCAACUUAACAUGAGAAUUGUACCAUAAUUUAGUACAUUUUCAAAGGCAACAUUAUUUGUGAUUCUAUGGGAUAGAAUAGAUAUUUAAUUUUCUGGCCACAUAAAUUCAUAAAACACAUUCAUCUGACCAUCAUACUCAUAGUUUCUUUUUUAAAACUCUUUUUGGUAUCAAAUUGAUGAGUGAUUUCAUAAACAAAUGGAAAUUCAGUUUGGCAAAUGUUUUACUAUACUAGAGGUUUCAUAAAAUAAUGACUAUUCUUUGAUGUGUCAUUCCCACUAUUAAUCUUUAUAUCAUUUUGUAUUCACACACUUAGUAAGGUUCUGAACCUUAGAGCGUCCAUUUGCCUUUCCUGAGGUGUUUGCUCUCAUUUGUAAUUCUUCUGGCUUGUCAGGAUUUGUGGUUUACUUGUAUGAGAAUGCAUAGGCAGUACAUCCUUCUUGACCACUUUUAACAUAGAAAAGUCAAAUAGGUGUUUGUCUCUGUUUUCUGUUGACCUGUGUAUCACCUUUCCUGUUUUUAAUAGCUCUAGAUACAGUGUACAUCAUCAGAAUGAUACUUUAUAUGACAGAUACUUCUUUGUAGUUUCCUUGCUCACAGGUAUAAACCUGUUGAGCAUGUGUAACAAGUCCAGGGAAAACAAGCUUAAGAAGCUAAAGCACUCCUGUUUUGCGUAUUUCCUAGUUUAAGGAGUCCACAAUGAUUGCAAGAGUAGGAAGAGCCUUCCCAGGCCAUUCCAAAGUGUUUUCCUCUAUGAAUUCAUUUUCUAAUGUUUACAGACACUAGGUCUUUUCAGUCUUUAAUGUGAAGGACAUCCUCUCCUUGAAGCUUUCCGGUGACUGAAGGUAGAGUAGUAUGCAUUUCCAAUUUCAAGUCAUGCCUUGAAAGUGAGACUAGCAUCACUUUGACACUUCCUGGGCAAGUUCAGAAUUAGACAAGGGUAAGGACACUUGUAUGUUUCUGGCCUUGCUUUAGAAGCAUGACUCAAAAAUACUUUGAAACUCUUAGUUUUCAAAUAUAUUGUAAGCCCUUUUACCUUAGACAGUUGGGAAGCAUCUCGAAUGACCUCAAACCCAAGUAGCAGUGCUAAGCAAACUAUCAGACACCAAAGGUCACACUUUAUAAAGACAGGUGGUUUUUUUUAACUUUUUAUUUUUAGCUAAUUAGAUAUUAUUUCAGUCUCUUGGCAUGUAGGCAUUUUCCUUGUGUUGUCCCACAAGCUUACUUAAUUAUUCUAUGCCUCAGUUUCCUAACAUAUGAAAUUUACAUGAUACACUGUUCCAACUUACCUCACAAACUCGUUGGAAAUAUUUCAUUAAAUAAUACACACAAAAAUAUUUCAAAAUACCAUAAAAAGUUAUUAUAUUCUUCAAGUCCAUAAACUGGUUAUUGUUUUUUUGUUUUGUUUUGUUUUCUGGACUGAAAUGACGUAAGUAGUUUCAUCCACAUCCUAUCUUCAGGGAACAUACUGGUCUUUGGUCUUCUCUGCAGUUGCCCACUCUUACCAUCAGUUGAUUACAACAUUUAGCAGGGCGUGCAUGAUGGCUCAGUGGGGGAAGGUUUGUGCCACCAAACCCAACAACCCAAGUUCCACCCUUGGGGCCUAUCUGGUGGAAGGAAACAGUUCCCACAGCUCUCUGAUUUCCAAAAGCAUACGACGGUGUGCGUGUACACACAGAUGCACAGAACACACACACACACACACACACACACACAUGCGCGCACACACACACACACACACACACACACACACACACACACACACACUCACACUCACUCACAAAACAAAGACUUUAGAAAUAGCCUCUAAGCCCUUAGCACUUACUUGGUGGGAAAAAAAGACCAGUGGAUCUCAGCAAGUGCUUCUGGUAGCAAAUAAGUUUAUUGUCUUGAUAUUAUCUUUUAUAAAGAAUGUAGCAGCAUCUUUUGAUGAUUGUACAUUACAACUUAAAUGGCCGAUUUGAAGCAUUAAUUAAAUGUGAAUGUAAUCUGUUCAAUUUUGUAAACGGGGAAAUAAGCGUAGUAUUGAUUGUCUUGCAAACACAGCAUUUCCUUGGGAUCUAUCUUACAUUAGUAUGGUCGUAUGUGCCAGUGCAUCUCAGCCAGUGGCUUGUGGGCACUUUUGUGGACUGCUUCUUGGAGUCAUUGACUCAAAUGUUGUUUAUGUUUCUUCAUAUAAUAAAUUAAUUUUUUUCAA